CCAAAUACAACCCGUCCUCGGCAUCGUGUAGUUUAAAACGAAAAAGAAAUAUUACCACCAGAAUUACGAUUGCUGCGAAACACCUGUGGAUCCUUGACGAUACCGAUAAUGUGCACCCUGAUCAGAUUGCACCGGAGACUGCUGUUACAGAGCCUGCCGACAGAAAAAAGCUCUCCUAUCGGUCGUCUUCUCGCCCGUCGAAAUGUGCAGCGAGUCCGAUUCGAGACUUGUUGAAUGAUGUGCGAGCAUUGAAGACUGCUGUUCUCUGCGAAUUACCCUUCAUGAUUUCCUUUACCAGGGAAUGCUACUGCUUUAUGCACCACCCUAACUCAAGGUCUACACGAACAGGUGAUCCCUAUCGGUCUGAAGGUAUAAACUAAGCUAUACUACUGGGGAAACGUAUAGCUGACCAGAAGCUAUGAUUUCUUCACUUUCAGGACCGAAUAUCUGCAUCUUUCCUUCUCAUGGCGAACGAGAUCCCGAACCCUGCAUACCAUGACCCAGAUAAUCCAUCCCAUCGUGAAUUGGACAUACUUUGGGAAACUACAAAGGAACUCCUAAGCGUGGCCCGGGCAUCUAGCUUAUAUCAAAGGGAUGAGAAUGCUGGUGCACCAAGAUGGUCUAUCCCAUGCUCCACCUUGCAUGUAAGGGCAGUAUGCUAAAACCGGAGAGCGUGCAAACCCAGACGAUCAACCCAGAGCUGCUCCUUACAAUGCCGAAAAACUACCGCAUCCAGAAGAAGUGCGAUUACGCGUUUUACUUUGACGAAGAUACCUGGCAGGUCUCUGAUUUACAUGAUACCCUCACUUGUGCGGGCGCGGGCAAUGUCUUGAGCCAAACGACAGACUUGAAUACGAAGCGGCGGCUACUCUUUUCCAGGCUUGAAGUCAAACAUGAGACAUGGUAGGAAGGUUGAAACACUUGCCCAACUUGCUACUUGGGUUGCGGUGGGGAUGGAACACACCAGAAAAUUUGGAGUCGAUCCUCCGAAGAGGUAUAGUCGUAUCGUGACCUGCCUCCAAUGGUUGGGUGGACUGUUGGUGGCCAUGACUGGUCUACUUGGGUCACAUUUGGUGCUACCGGUAACGGCACUGACAGGCUUGACGUAGGAGGUCCUUGUAAAGCAGCUGCCACGGAUACAAGAGAUGUUGGCCUGUGUUCUUGGGUAUAAUGGUUUCCGGCAUAAUUACCUCGGUAUGGUGAUACUUUUCAGGGCCCCAUUGAAGCUACCUACUAGGCUGCCUACCCAAUGUAUGUAUGUAUGUAUGUAUUUAAACGGUCGGUACCCUUUGGAACAUCGGAUACCUGGAUUUUCG